AUGGAGAUUAUUCCCCAUUUCUAUGGGGACAUGCAAUUGCGUGCUAGGGAUGACCAGAUCAGAGUUGGCGUAACUCAGUGGAGAGAAGUUAAGAACAAAACACACGCAGUUCAUGUACAACAAACUAUAGAAUUAAAAGACGAAACAUACUCCUGUGGAAGAAACGCCGCCAAAGACAUGGAGACAUUCCCAGCCGAAAACGCCAGAGGCGCGAUUGAGCAAGCUCUGUUCACCGAACCUCUUGUGCGCCAGGCCAGGUACAUCGAGACCACGAACGGCCAAGUUGCCGUUGCACUGUCGCUGAACAAGGAUCGAGUGGCGGCCUCCGGAAAAACGAAAAAGGAGAUUGUUUCGCUGAUCCGAAAAAACGUCCGAGCCUCGACCAGAGUUCGACCGUUUCCCAAACGAUGGCUCGUGCUGGAGGAGCUCUCGGUUACGGCGACAGGCGAGGUGGAUGAGACAAAGCUGAGGGAAUUGCUUGACGAGGAUGUCAAGAAAGCGGAACAACGAACCGGGGAAAAACCGCCUGGCGCGCUGCAGAUGGCAUUUGCAGCGGCUCAUGGCGUCUCGCCCGAACAAGUCGAUCCCUACAAGUCCUUCAUCGAACUCGGUGGAGACUCGAUGGGCGCAAUCGAAGUGAGGAAUAUAUUGCUUCGGCAAGGCUUUGCAGUUGCGGUGCGAGAUCUUCUAUCUUGCUCGCAGCUCCUUGACGUUGAAAUGCGCGUCGGGAAUUGUCUUGACAACUCGGCGGGCUCAUUUCGAAGCAAAUUUGGACACCCCACUGAACUGCCGCAACUGAUUUGGCAAGCCAAGCUCGAUGAACCGUUGCAGACCGUCUCGCUACGGAUGCCUGGGCAUGUUGAUGAUCAGAUAAUCCGCGCGGCAUUGGAUGCUACAUUAGCAGAGUUUGCGAUACUUCAACCACAAGGCCCAAAUGCAACUGCUUACCACGUUCAUAACGCUGAGCAUGUCGCCGACAUGGAUUUGCGCGUAUCGGAGCUGCCAAGACAGAUGCGCGAGCGGGAUAGCGUCUUCGAAGCCCAUCUAUUCCGAGUUCACGACACCGAUGCAUACAAAUUAGUAUUGAUGGCGCAUAGGCUUCUUCUUGACCGCAGGUCCUGGCCGAUACUUCUGAACAGUUUCACGCGAACAUUGACUAAAUUCGCCCGAAAAGAGUCACUGAUGAGCAGGGAAAGCGCAACGCUGGAACAUGGUACAUUGACGUCUCGCCUAAGACAUGCAGGGGCCGAGGCCUACUUGGUCAACCAAGAUCAACCUGCGAAUUCCUCAUUGUCGGUCAUAACCGAGAGUCUCUCAAUUGGAGGAGAAGACAUCUCGCUACUCCUAGACGGUGCGAACCAUGUUGCGAUGAACACACGCCCCAUUGACCUAGUCGUCGCCGCCGUUACGACAUCACAUUGCCAGGUUGUUGGCUCCUCUACCUGCGAUGUCACUGUGAGAGCGAGUGCUAGAGAUUUUCUGCCCAAAGAAGAUCUGGAUCUUUCAAGAGAAGUCGGUCGUUUCGAUAUGGUAAUACCCGUCACUGUACCAGAUGUCGCACAGAGCGACAUUGCGCAGGCUUUGCGUAGUACAAAGGACGCCAUGAGGGCAUCGCUUUGGGAACAGGCUGCACCAUUUGAUGGAUCAACUCAACUGUCCCCAAUACUAACUAUCGAAUAUGACGGAAACCACGAGAAUAGCAGCGUUGAGAUGGGUGAGACAGGUAUCACAAUGGAAUCAGGUGACGAAAAAUGGAAAUAUGAUGCCACUCCAGGAGGUCAAGUACCGACUUCCCGAUAUGUCCGUGUCUCUUUUGAUGCCAGCAGGAAAAUGCAUUUUUCAUUUUCGUCGACUGAUUCAUCCGUUGAACUUGGAGAUUGGGCUCUACGCUGCAAAGUGGCCAUAACCGCCCUCAUCGGCCGGUUGCGCACCCUCAGUCGUCAGAGCACUCUAAGCGACUAUCCGCUGCUUCCAUUGAGCCCAGAUCAGUUGCAGAACUUUGAGAGUAGCUUUCUCCCUUCGAUUGGCGACGAGCACCUUGGAAAUAUCGAAACUGUUUAUCCGGCUUCUUCGGUACAAGAGGGCAUGCUUCUUGCCAAAAUCAGAAGGCCUGAAAGUUACACCAUUGAGUCGUUGAUUGAAGUCACGACAAAGCGACAAGCGGAACCUGUCAAUGUUGGGAGGAUAUGUAACGCGUGGAAAGCCGUUGUCCUACGACACCCAGCACUCCGUACCGUUUUUGUGCCCAGUGCUCGAGAUGGUAGUACGUACGAGCAAGUCGUCCUGCGAAAUGUCGAACCGAGGAUUGUCAUUCUGGACGGUACUGGGGGCGAUGCGCUUGAUAUACUACGGCAAGGACAGCCUGCAAUCUUCAGUGCAGCGGAGCCCGCUCACCAGCUAUCGAUCUGCAUAGGCCCUGACAGAAGGAUAUUUUGCAAGUUUGAGUUUAGCCACACUAUUGUUGAUGGAUUGUCUCUUUUCGUGAUUACGAGAGACAUGAGCCAGUACUUCAGUGGAGUGCUGCCCUGUACCUCAGGCUUGAUUCUCUCGGACCAUGUCCGCUACGUGGAAAUUCAGGAUAAGUCGGUUGAGUACUGGAAGCAAUACCUUGGGGCGAACAUGGAUUCGCUUUUCCCAGCAUUGAACCAAAAUUCUCACGAGGUGCCAGAAACUCGGUCAGUUUCUGUUGAGUUGGGUGACACUCGCGACCUGCUUGCGUCGUGCAAGGCGAUGGGAACAACCGUCGCCGCCUUGAUUCAAGCUGCUUGGUCAAUGGUGUUGAGAUACUAUACUCAAUCUAACGCUGUUAGUUUCGCAUAUAUGAGCUCUGGUCGCGAUGCUCCAAUCCAGGGCAUCCAUGAUGCAGUUGGUGUAUUCGUGCGGCUCAUGAUUCUUUCCGUUGACUUUAGAAACUCGGCAACAAUCUCGCAAAUACUGAGAAAAAUAACCACCGACUUAGCAGAGCAAAUGUCGCACCAGUACUGCUCCCUGGCUGAUAUGCACAAUGCUCUGGAAAUCCCGGGAGGGUCUCUCUUUAAUACGCUUGUGUCAAUAUACCAGGACUCGGACGAAGCGCCUGGUGAAGGGGUUGCUUUCCGCCGAAUCGAGGACUACACCCCUACCGAGUAUCCUAUUAACAUUGUCGCUGCCAGCUCCGUGGAGGGCCUCAGACUUCGUGUGAGCUACACCACAUCAAUACUCUCCGAGACUCAGGCUGCUAGCCUUGCUGAGUCCUUUGGCAAGGCUGUGGCGUGCAUCCUCGAUAACCCCCAAAAGCCUGCCAUCGACGUGAUGCUGCAAAGUGAAAGCGACAUCAAGACGAUCAUGCGGCAGUCCGAGUCCAUCAAAUCUCCCAUGGAUACUUUGAUUCACGAGCUUGUUUCCGCUCAGGCAAUUCGACAUCCAGGUCACAUAGCAGUUGAAGCUGCGGAUGGUCGCUUGACAUACGAAGAUCUUGAGAGAUUAUCGACCACCCUCGCUGCGCACCUACAGUGCCAUUUCCAUUUGGGGCCGGAAAAAAUCGCAGUAUGCUGUUUUGACAAGUCUGCUUGGGCAGUCGUUGCCAUGCUAUCCGUUCUCAAAGCGGGUGCUGGUUUCGUCAACGUCGAUGCAAGCUUUCCCAAUAGCCGCAUCACGAGCAUCACUGCUGAUACCGGAGCCACCAUUGCUCUCACAUCCAGCAAGCACUGCGCAAUUUUCACUAAUAUUGUCACUAACAUUUUUCAAGUUGACGCCGACUGCCUUGCUACAAUCAGUUCACAGCUUCCAUACCCGAAGGUAUUGCCCGGCGUUGUCCCAUCAAAUGUAGCCUAUGUGCUCUUCACAUCAGGUAGCACUGGAAAGCCUAAGGGAAUCAUCAUGGAACAUGCGGCUGUCUGCAGCAAUUCACAAUCCCAAGCGAGAUUAUGGGGCCUAAACGCCCAGUCCCGUGUACUGCAAUUUUCUGCGUUCACCUUUGACGUUAGUUUGUACGACAUCUUCACAACCCUCAUGUAUGGGGGUUGUGUUUGCAUUCCAUCUGACCAUCAACGUGUCAACGACCUUGCGGGUGCUAUCAACUCCAUGUCUGCAAACACGGCCAUGCUGACACCUACUGUGGCCGAUAUGCUGGAGCCUGUCAAUGUUCCAACCUUGAAGACUUUGGUGCUCGCAGGUGAAGCAGUAUCUCAGCGCGUGGCGUCUAGAUGGGUGUCAGAGGUGGCGCUCCACGGAGCCUAUGGUCCAUCUGAAUGCUCUAUGAUAGCCUGGAACCAGAAUCUCGGCAAGACAGACCGAUCAACUAACAUUGGUCCCCCUGUGGAGUGUAUGUUUUGGGUGGUUGAUGUGCAGGACCAUCGUCAACUGCUCCCACUCGGAUGCACGGGUGAGCUGUUAGUGCAAGGUCCGUCUCUCGCACGAGAAUACAUAAAUCAACCUGGAAACACGGCUUGGAUGACGAAUGAUGGCUGGCUGCCCUUUGCCGAAAAUGUCGAGAACAAGGUCUACCGUACCGGGGACCUGGUUCGCUACAACCCUGACGGAACCUUGGACUAUGUUGGACGAAAGGACACGCAGGUCAAGUACCACGGGCAGCGCAUUGAACUUGGUGAGGUCGAGAGCCAUUUGCCUUCGGUAUUGCCCGAGGGACUCAACGGGGUUGUUGAGUUAGUAACAACUCAACUUGAUUCCCGGCAGCAACUAGUGCUCAUGCUUUGGUUCUCGCACUCCGAUUACGAGAUUCCUGCUCGACCAAUGGAUAACGUGUCAAGUGAAACACAUAAAACAAUCUCAAAAAUUAUGGAAACGCUGGCUGAUCGCCUGCCUCGAUACAUGACACCAUCUCUUGCUGUACCGCUUUCAGGUACUCCGAAAAAGACGCUGUCUGGGAAGACGGACCGAAAGCCCUUGAGAGAGAUAGCUGCGAGCCUUUCAGCUCAGCAAAUAUCGGCAUUCUCGUUAAACCAAGGCCCCGUUGAAAAGGAAGACCUGACUCCCAUGGAAAUCGUUCUCCGAGAACUCUGGGCAAAAGUCCUGUGCAUAGACGCCUCAUUAAUUGCCAGAUCACACAACUUUUUUCGUCUGGGUGGUGACUCUAUACUGGCAACUAGACUUGUCACAAAUUGUUACAACAGCGGCCAUAUCCUCAGUGUCGCAGUCAUAUUCGCCAACCCAAAGCUUGCAGACAUGGCACUGGCACUCAAGACGUCCAUCAAUUCCAAAUUUGAAGAUGAUAAACCAUAUAACCUUGUCAAUAAAGUUGUUGAUCAAGAUGUUCUCGAGUCAGAACUUAUAUCAUUGCAUGGAGGGUCUGUGAACGAGAUUGAAAACGCCUAUCCAUGCACGCCGUUGCAGGCCGGUCUCUUGGCGCUAUCGCUCAAGUUUCCCACCUCAUAUAUCGGGGUUAUAGCAUAUGAACUCCCGGAGCGUGUUGAGAUCGAUCGAUUCAAAGCGUCUUGUGAAAUUGUCUCGGAGCGGCAUGAAAUCUUGCGCACAAGAUUCGUCGAUACUCAAGCAGCUGGCAUCCUACAGAUGGUAGUCAAGCACAAGAUUCAGUGGGAGCACCGCACCAAUCUAAAAACCUGUCUCGAUGAUAAAUCAGCCGCUAUGAUGGGGCUCAACCAACCUCUAACCCGCUGGACCAUCGUGGAUGACCCAAAUGGAACGACCCACUUCGUCUGGAGAGUACACCACUCUCUCUUUGAUGGUCACAGUUUGUCACUGAUUCUGCAUCAAAUUCAAGAAGCAUACGAUGGCUUUAAGUUGGUUGAGCCAGUCCCAUUCUCGCGUUUUGUGAACCACCUGAUACAGACUCGAAAUGAGGCUGAUACAGCGAGCUUCUGGAGACAGCAAUUUGAGGGUUCCGUCAGAACAAUAUUCCCCCCCAAGCCCACCGGGGAGAGGAGCGAGGGCGAGUCGUACAUGGACUUCAGCAUCAAGUUGAAUGACUGGUCACGAACCGAGUUUACUGUUUCCAAUUUGAUGCGAGCCGCGUGGGCACUUGUUCUGGCCAAGCACAUUGGGGUCAACGACGUCAUAUAUGGCACGACAGUUUCGGGUCGGAGCGCCGCUGUCCCUGGAAUUGACCGUGUCGUUGGUCCAACUCUCGCAACAGUGCCCUUGAGAAUACACUUUUCCGGAAAUGAAACUGUUCCUGAAUUUUUAGCUAAGUUACAGAAGCAGAUGACUGACAUGAUCCCAUUCGAGAACACGGGUAUACAAGAUAUCGGGCGCUUCGGUGGUGAUACAGCGAAUGCGACGUCGUUCCAGACGCUACUUGUCGUCCAGCCGCCAGAAGAUAUCGAAAGCGACAUGAAGCUAUUUCAAUCCCGACCCACCUCUCAUUCAGGUGUCAGCCUUUAUACCUAUGACAUCGUCAUCGUAUGUCAACUCAAGCCGGACGGAGUUGACGUGCGGGUUGUUUAUUCAAGCCACGGGCUGUCGAAAGAAUUCAUGGAGACGAUCAGUUUACACUUUCAGAACACCGUUCAGCAAUUGAUAACUACCAGCGACGACGAUACUGUAAAGAAUAUUGAUAUUGCCACCGAAAGGGAUGUUCAGACUAUCAUCAAGUGGAACCAACACUACCCGGACAUUGUCCAACGGAGCAUACCUGACUGGAUUAGUCAGGUAGCCCAGGUUCAACCGAAAUUUAUUGCCAUCGACUCAAAGGAAAAGUCUUUCACUUAUAAAUCUCUGGAAAUAUACUCGGAUGCACUUGCCAUACACUUGCUUCAGUUUGUCACAAAGCCAGACACGCUUGUGCCAUUUUGCUUUGAGAAGUCUCCAUGGAGUAUUGUCGCCAUGCUUGCCAUCCUCAAAGCUGGCGGCUCUUUCGUACCCCUAGACCCAUCCCACCCCCCCGCGCGAUGGGAAUCUAUUCUGGACCAGCUGAAUGCACCCGUCCUUCUGGCUACGGCGAUGACGAGACAUAUGCUCCAAGGAAUGGUGAAAAAUAUCGUGGAAAUUGACGCAGAAUUUAUGGAGAAACUUCCAGUAACGGCCCAUACACUGCCAAAGAUCCAUCCGACCCAGUUGGCUUAUGUCUUAUUCACAUCUGGAACAUCGGGUACUCCAAAGGGCGUCAUGAUGGAACACGUCUCGGUCUGCACGAGCAUGGCUGGCAUUGGUAAGUAUUUAGGGCACGAUGAGAGCACGCGAACGAUACAAUUCUCACCAUACGUUUUUGACGCCUGCAUCUUGGAAAUAUUCGGCACUCUCUUCCACGGCGGGUGCAUCUGCGUGCCUACACAAGAUGAAUGCAGAGAUGACUUGGGCGGCACAAUUAACAAGAUGGGCGUUACAUUUGCACCACUGACUGCCUCAUUGUCGAGACUCUUUCAUCCAGAUGAUGUUCCACAGCUCAAGCAAAUUCUUAUAGGCGGCGAAGCCAACGGCUCAGACCUUAUCAAUUUGUGGUCCUCAAUUGAUGCCAGGGCUGGGUAUGGCCCAACCGAAGCAUGCGUUGGCGCUACGUCCAAUCCAUGGAAAUCUCUGAACGAGUCGUCGUCCAGCAUUGGGCGGGCAGUCAACUGCGUCACGUGGAUUGUCAACCCUCAAAAUCACGAACAGCUUAGCCCACUUGGCUGUGUUGGUGAGCUUGCUAUCCAGGGGCCCACGUUGGCAAGAGGCUACCUGCACAACGAGGUUCAGACUGCAAAGGUUUUUAAAGAUCCCCCUGUCUGGAUGAAAUCGAUCUCAACGGUCUCGGACCGCCUAUAUCUUACUGGUGACCUGGUUCGCUACAACUGUGAUGGGACGCUGGAGUUCCAGGGGCGCAAGGACAACCAGGUUAAGCUCAAUGGCCAACGUAUCGAGCUUGGUGAGAUCGAGACUUCAGCAAAUUUGACUCUGCCAAGCUCGGAAGCCACAGCUGAGGUUUCCCAGACAAUGGACGGACGUGGAAGCCAGGUUUUGGCAUUAUUUUUCUGCCCAGGCAAUCAAUUCCUGGAGGCUAAUCGGGAAGGUACCGGCCUUGUGAUCCCCAUUAACAGGAAAAUUGAAAGCGUCGCAAGCGAGCUUAAGUCGACGCUUUCUACCCAGUUGCCAAGAUAUAUGGUCCCAUCGCUAUUUGUGCCUCUACUGGAGAUUCCAGUCACGAUUUCUGGAAAGGUAGAUAGGCGCAAACUUCAAGGGAUCAUUCGAAGUCUCUCUGCGGUCGAGUUGGCGGCUUACUCCCUUCAAAACAGCGAGAAACGUGCCGCAGUGACGCCCGAAGAGCUGAGAUUGCAAAGGCUUUGGUCAAAUGUACUUGGGGUUGAUAUCGACGUCAUCGGUGCCGACGAUAGCUUCUUUGGACUUGGCGGUGACUCCAUUGCUGCAAUGCGAUUAGGUGCUGCCGCGAGAAGGCAGAGAAUCAUCUUGACAGUGCCGCAGAUAUUCGAGAAUCCCCGGCUUAGCCAAAUGAGUUUGGUUGCUGAGGCAGAUGGAGACCAAGAUAUGACCUAUGAGCCAUUUAGUUUGCUACAAGAUGAGCCAUUGAAAGAGGUCGUAUCCGCUCAAACCAAGCUUCUGCCCGAAAUCGAGGAUGCUUACCCGUGCACACCGCUUCAGGAAGGGAUGAUGGCAUUGAGUGCCCGAGACCCAGGAACCUACAUUGCUCGCAUUCCGUUCCGCCUCGCAGGGCAUGUAGAUCCUGCGGCGUUCCGGUCCGCCUGGGAAAUGGUCGUGAUGCAAACUCCGAUAUUGCGCACUCGCAUCACUCCAGCCGCUGAUGGCCGGAGUGUUCAACUUGUCGUCCGCGAACCUGCGUCUUGGAUCCUCAUAAGCCAGGAUUCUGAUAUCAACUGUCUCGUUUCCGAAUACGGACUUGUCACCUCUACUCGCACCCUAGAGUCUGUAUUCAUCUGGACUGUUCAUCACGCCGUAUACGACGGCUGGUCAAUGGAUCUUGUUCUUGACAAGUUGAAAAAAUCAUUCAACACACCUGAGGCCGUUUUCACUACUGAUCCCAACUAUGCGCAGUUCAUCGCUCAUGUUGGGAGGUCACAAGAAAAAGGAGCUUGGGCACUUGUUGUAUCCAACCAUGCUGGCGGAGAUGACUUGAGUAUUGCCGAGAAUAUCUUCUUUGGUACGACUGUGUCUGGUAGAACUGCACCUGUCGACGGAAUUGACGGCAUGAUCGGCCCAGCCAUCUCGACAUUUCCAGUCCGCGCCCACGUCAACCCGUCGCUUCUCGUAACGGAGUUUCUGCAGCAAAUGCAACAACAAAGUAACGCCGCGAUAAUGACGGCAGCGGACUUUUCCACCCUCUUGGUGGUGCACCCUCCAAGUCUAACUCAACGAAAUGAGGUUCACCUCGGUGAACCAGUAAUGGCCCCGCUGCACCAGGAUGAGUUCCUCGAUGGGACCGAAAACUUCUUUACAUAUCCUCUAGUCAUACAAGUCCAUUUGCCAUUUGACGAUGGAGAGCUAGGGGUCACGAUGACGUAUUCCUCAUCCGUUCUUUCGGCCAUCCAAGUGAGGCAGAUUGCCGGUCACUUCAAAAGAGCCGUCGAGCAGCUCAUCAAUGGCAUGACAGAUGCACAAAAGGGUACAACUCUGGGGGGACUUGACAUAACCAGUCCUGAAGAUGCGAAUCAGUUUAUGGAGUGGGCGCUUGAAGAUGCCCCUGUCCUUCAAACUGCCUGUGUUCAUGAACUGAUAGAGAAGCAGGUGCAGCUACGGCCUGAAGCCCCUGCAAUUGAUGCCUGGGAUGGUAAAUUAACGUAUAGGGAACUGGAUAGUGCCGCUAACAGGCUUGCUUGUUAUCUAUACUACAACUUCAACGUCCGACCUGAGACGGUGGUCCAUGUCUGUUUCGAGAAAUCCAUGUGGUUGCUUGUCGCCAUUCUGGCCAUCAACAAAGCAGGAGCUGCCUGGUCACCACUGGACCCAUCGCAUCCAUCUGCUCGUCAUGAACAAGUCAUUGGAAAGACCCAGGCAACCCUUGCAUUGGUAUCUACGUCAAACAUCCAUGUUCUUGAAGGCUUGAUUCACAAUGUCAUAGAAGUGACUUCGGACCUUGACAGGAAACUCCUGGUCGGCCAAGAAUCUUCCAGUUCGACUAUUCGAAGUGACACUCCACCGCCAGCCCAGACGACGCCAAAGAACGCAUGUUACAUUCUUUUCACAUCUGGUAGUACCGGAGUUCCAAAGGGGUUUAUCAUGGAACAUCAAUCUGUCGCCACAGCCCAGGUUGCAAUUGGCAAGCGGCUUGGAUUACAUUCCGAUGUUCGGAUGCUCCAAUUUGCUGCUUUUGUUUUCGACUUGUGUAUCGGCGAGAUCAUUGCGCCCCUAAUGUUCGGAGCAUGCGUUUGUGUUCCCUCAGAGCACCACCGAAUGAACAGCAUCGCCGACUUUAUUCGCACGAAGCAAAUAAACUGGGCGUUCCUCACUCCAGCAUUUGUUCGAACCCUCACCCCCGACCAGGUCCCGGGAUUAGACCUGCUUGCACUUGCCGGAGAAGCGGUUGGUCGGGAUGUCUUUGACGCAUGGUUCGGAAAGGAAUGGAGCUCGACCGACCAGUCCUCUAUUUCCAUCGGAAAAGCUGUUGGAGGAUUUGCCUGGAUCGUCGAUGCAAACAAUAGGCGAGUACCGGCUGGUUGCCUAGGCGAAAUUGUGAUCCAGGGACCAACCAUAACGCGAGAAUACAUCUCGGACCCGGCAAAGACUAAUGCCGCUAUCCUUUCCGGUGAUUAUCUUCCAGACUGGGCUCCGAGGAGGAAUGAGCCUGGUUGGAAUAGAAUGUACAAAUCAGGUGAUCUCGGUUAUUAUAAACCUGAUGGUACCAUCGAGUUUUGUGGCCGGAAAGACACUCAAGUUAAGAUAAGAGGACUACGAGUCGAGCUGGACGAAGUCGAGCAUCACACUCGCGUCUGCCUCGAGGGUGUUGCCCAAGUUGUUGUUGUCUUGGUGAAGUCGAAAAGUGGCGCGAAACUCGCGGCUUUCUUCUGCGAGACUCUGAGUUCCAAAACAGCAGGCGUGGACCUCCCUUCCGAAAUCGCAGCCAUUGCCGAUGACAUGUUGUUGCAUGUAAAUGGCAGUCUUCAAAGCAGAAUAUCUGACAUGAUCGGGAAACUGGAAACCUCCCUGCCACGUUACAUGAUUGAUCGCAACAAGCUUCGCGAUAUCGCGGCACAAAUGUCCAGGGAAACAUCUCUUCGGUACUCACUUGCUAAUCGUGUGAAGCGCCCCCCUGAAAGCGCUACGGAGAAGCUUUUGCAGAAAAUCUGGUCAGACAUCUUGGGAAUACCCAUUGCUGGUAUUGGACGAGAUGAUAGCUUCAUCUCCCUUGGUGGAGAUUCCAUAGCCGCAAUUCGGCUGAGUACCAUCGCCAGGCAACAUGGUGUGAGCAUUUUCACUGGUAGCAUUUUUGAGGAUCCUAGGCUUCUCAAGAUUGCUGCUGCUGCGCAACUAGUUGAUGACGAAGAUUCGACCACAUCAUUGAGAGCACCAGACCCCUGGACAUUGAUUCCCCCGACCACGAACAUUCAGGAGGUGACAAACAUCGUUCAGAAACAAUGUGAAGGGCUUCCAGAUGACUGGGAAGUUGCUGAUGCAUACCCCUGCACACCUCUCCAGGAAGGCCUAUUGGCUCUCUCCGCAAAGCAGCCGGGCUCAUACAUCGGCCGAUUUGUCUACAAUCUCGGGUCUGACGUGGCUGUAGACAUGUUCAAAGCAUCCUGGAACAAGGUGGUUGAUACUUGUAGCAACCUACGCACCCGGAUUGUGAAGCUUCCGGAUGGUUCCGUCCUCCAAGCAGUAAUUAAGGGCGCCCUCAGCCGUCAAACAAUUGUUUACUGUUCUCAUGAAAAAGAACAUGAGAAGGGGAAGUACUAUUUCAUCUGGGAUAUCCACCACGCCGUACAACUGGCGAAUCCAGCAUCAUCUACCAAUGAACUAGCCGGCUUCUGGCAAGAGACACUCCGCCAAGUUACACGACCAUCAUUUCCACCUGCCACUCCCAUUUCAAAGACGGUGUCUGGGACGGAGACAGUUUCAAGAUUUAUCAAAGUUGUAGACUUUCAAAAACGCGGCUUAAUCAAGGCCACAGUGCUUCGCGCCGCUUGGGCAAUUGUACAGGCGGCAUACUCAGACACCUCAGAUAUCUGCUUUGGGGCCACCGUUUCCGGACGCCAAGCUCUCGUCCCUGGAGUUGAAGACAUAACGGGCCCCCUCAUUGCAACUGUACCAGUGCGUGUUCGCAUCAAUAAGCACCAAAAAGUGGCAGAAUACCUUAAAGGGAUUCAGCGCCAAACAUCGGAAAUGAUCCCGCACGAGCAGUUUGGGCUGCAACGCAUCGCUCGACUGAGCGCAGCGGCCAAGGUGGCUGUGGACUUCUCUACUUUACUCGUCAUUCAACCAAAGCAUAUUGUGGCAACUGGCCAAUCUCAAGAUGGUGGAAUAAUGCGCCUGGUUACGGCUGAUGCUAACGAUCAAUCUGCUCUGGCCAACUACUUCACCUAUCCACUCGUGGUACAGCUCUACAUGUCAGAAAGUGAUAUAGAAUUGGCGCUUAUCUACAACGCCGCGUAUCUCGAUGAAGGGCAGAUGCAAAUUCUCGCUGCCCAGUACGAACAUGUGGUCCACCAGCUCGUCGAACUGGCCGAUGGAAGUAGCAACAUUGGUGACAUAUCUCUAACCGGAGCCAUGGAUGUCCAGAAGGCGAUAUCAUGGAACCAGAGCACUGCACCGGAUAAUUUGCAGAUUGACGGGUCAAUGCCCGCAACUCUCAAUGGACUUAUUGAGAGCCAGGCAUCAAUUCGCCCCCAUGCCAUCGCUAUUCACGGACCAGACAAACAGCUAACCUACAAGCAACUUAAUGACGCUGCAGAUUGCAUUGCAAUCUAUCUCAAGAAAAGGGGGAUUGUCCAACGCGGCGACCUUGUGCUGCUCUGUCAGGAUAGAUCAUACUGGACCCCCCUGUCCAUGCUCGCCAUCAACAAGCUGGGCGCCUCAUUCGUUGUCUGCGGCGACAUUGAAAAGAUUCACAUGAGAAAAAUCACAGCGGAUCUUGGUAUACAUGUGGUGCUCUGCUCCCCCAACUGCACAUCAGCCGAAUUUGUAGGCCACAUGGAACAUGUUGUGGAGUUGUCCACGGAUGUCAUCUACCCUGCAAUUUCCAAAGAUUUUGACCAUCUACCGGAGAUUCUUGACAUCACGGUCAAUCCUUCUGAAGUGGCUUACGUACUGCUCGCCAAUGCACAGGGGGUUGCUACCGAGACGCAAGCUGUCAUGAUGACCCAUAACAGUGCCAGGACUGGUCUCCUUCAGUUUUCUCAUCACCUUGGCCUGGCGCCGAGCAGUAGGAUGUCUCAGAUACACGAAUCUGGAUCGUUGUUAUCCCUUUCUGAAAUAUUCGCGCCACUUCUGGUUGGAGCGACAGUUUGCAUCCGUGAUUCCAGCCCGUCUGAUUCCGCGUUAAGCACGUUCAUCAACCAGGCUCGGGUUGACUGUGCAAUACUUACCCCAAUCGAUGCAUCUCAAGUCCAGCCGAGAGACGUUCCAAUCCUGCAGAAGGUUAUCAUAUCCACCAGCCGUGCUUCAGCUAACGAUCUUGGAGCGUGGUCGCGCUCCGAGGACCGCAGAAUUCUAUUUGGCUUGUGUGUUCCGGAGGUGAGCGGCUUUAUCACCAUGUAUGAAACGUCAUCCACGGAGUCUUCGAUGUGGACACUCGGACGGCCCAUGAAUGGCACUGAAUGUUGGAUUGUCGACCCAAUGGACUACCGCCGUCUUGCACCCAUUGGCUGCCUGGGUGAAUUACUUAUUCAAUCCGCAUCACUUGCUGAAUGUUAUAUGGAUGAUUCCCAACGCUCACGGAAAUGUUUCGUCGACAAUACUAUUGCCCUACAUACCCAAUGGGGACAGCAAUCCAACACAAAUCGAGGUUUUAGAACUGGAAUUUUGGCCAAGUACCUGUCGAAUGGGUCUAUUACUUACAUGGGACACCUUGACGUCGGGGACAUUGAAAGGCGAAUCCAAAAUGCAAUGUCUGGAAAAUUUGAACAAGUGCUUGUGUCAAAAUCAACAACCGGAAGGCUAGUUGCCUUCUUGGCUGUCGUGGAUGAUGCUGUAAACGAAAGAGCCAUGGAAAAUGAGGAUGGCAUUUUCAUUCCUGUUGAUUCUGUGGUAGACAGAUUCCGCGAUGAGCUCAUCGACGUCGCUCAAGAUCUGCCCUUUGUGCUUCGGGCCCAGAUUGUGCCGCAGGACUUGCUCUUGAUCAAGGCAUGCAAUAUCCCUCGCAUUCCUGGCACACAAGACGCAGACCGAGACGUUCUAAUCCACGAAUUUGAGCAACUGACAGAUGAUAAACUUGCCAAGCUCUCGCUCGAAGGAUAUAGAAACAAGACUAAUGACGAUAAUGAACUCAUGACAGAGACUGAGACGCGACUAAGAUUGCUUUGGGCAAAGGUAUUGGCUAUCGAUGCGGAUGAAAUUAGGCGGAGAGAUAAUCUUUUCAAGAUUGGUGGCGACUCAAUCACCACUAUUCGACUUGUAUCCCUUGCCCAACUUGAGGAUAUCAGGUUAACUGCCUCGGACGUCUUUGCGAACCUGGAACUCUACGCCAUGGCCGCUUGCAUUGACCAAAACGAACAAGAUGAAAGUGCAAUUGGCAUAAAGAUUGAGCAAAAACCGUUCAACCUAUUGCCACCUGACUUGGAUCAUCAGGCCACGCUCAGUCACAUCGCAAAAGUUUGCCAUACGACCCCUGAAGCAAUUCAAGAUAUUUAUCCCUGUACUCCGCUUCAGGAGGGAUUAAUGUCGCUUACCUUUAAGCAACCUGGCUCUUAUAUCGCCCGUCAUAUUCUCAGGCUACCAAGAAAUAUGGACCUUGACCGGUUACGCGAGGCGUGGCAGGCAGCCUCAUCUGCUGUUGUCUGUUUGCGCACACGCAUAAUUCAGCUACCUAACGGCUCAAUCAUGCAAGCUGUCAUUGAUGAAGAUAUUGACUGGCAGACGCAUACCUGCCCCAACAUCGCCGAAUUCGUAAAGAACAGAGACAAAGCUUCCAUGUUUAGCGCAAGUCGACUCUCACGAUUCGUUCAGGUUCAUGCUUCGGACGCAGAAUAUCUUAUAUGGACGGUUCACCACGCUGUGAUAGACGGAUGGUCAUUGGGACAGAUAUUUGCUCUCGUUAAACUUGCAUAUACUAAUGGAACGGGCCAAGAACCCUCACAGUUGAAGUACACGAUACCAUUCAAAGGAUACAUUGAAUACAUCUCAAAGACAAACACGGACAAAUCAGCCAACUUCUGGAUUAAGCAGCUUUCAUCACAGGCAGUUCAUUUUCCACUCUUGUCCUCGAAAAAGUCUAAAAGUCACUCCAAAUCUCGACAGCAUGAGAUGAUUCAUCACGAAAUUUCGGCAGUCCGCCGAGUUGGAUCUGACUUCACGGCAAUGACUAUUCUCCGAGCUGCUUGGGCAUUUGUACUCUCACAUUGGACCGAAUCAGUUCAUGUGGGAUUCGGUACAGUUGUGUCAGGUAGAAAUGCCCCUGUUGCUGGAAUCGAUAAUAUCGUCGGACCUACACUUGCCACUGUUCCAAUAGUUGCCCAGAUUCCUGAUUCCGUAUCUGAGAAUACUAUCUGCAAGUAUCUCACCUACAUGCAGUCCAUGUCACACGAAAUGAUUCCCUACGAGCACUUUGGCGUCCAGAACAUCGCAUCUUUGAGCAACCUGGCCCGUUCUGCAUGCGAAUUCCAGAAUAUUUUGGUUGUGCACCCAAACAACGAAAAUCAAGACUGGUUAGGCAUUGAGGUGGUCGACAUUGGGUCCCAUGGCAAUUACCAUGACUAUCCACUUGUCAUCGAAUGCCUUCUGAGCGCCACUGAAUCUGUCUCCUUGCGAGUUUCUGUUGAUGUCGAUGUUCUCCCCAGAUACCACGCUGAGGCGCUCUGUCGUCAGUUUGUGUUUGUUAUAGACCAACUGGUCCGCCUUGACCUUAAGACUCCCCUAUGCACAGUUUCAAUGCUUCCGGAUAUAGAUCGGGCCGAGAUGCUGGCGUGGAACCAGGAGGCUAUUAAAAAUAUCAGGUCCUCAGAGUUUACCGUCGUACGGCGAUUUGUCGACCGAGCUCGAAAGACACCAGACUCCCAUGCCCUGAUCUCAGCGGCGGAUGCAGCCAAGGGUAGCGCAAGCCGGAUUUGGACUUACCGGGAGCUGGAUGAUGCCUCUGACCGACUUGCUGAUUACAUUUGCAGCGUCGGGAACAUUGGGCCCGGGUCCAUUGUUCCACUCUGCUUUGAAGGAUCGGCAUGGUUCAUUGUCUCAAUGUUUGCCGUUCUCAAAACAGGUGCUGCAUUUGUGCCACUUGAUCCACAACAUCCCCGUGAUCGACGACAGGAAAUCUUGAGUCAAAUUAACGCCAGAAUGCUUUUGGGCUCUGAUCGUGGAGCCGAAGCAUCUCGCGGCAUGGCGGACCAUGUUAUUGCAGUGUCCUCUGUGCUAGAUGAACAGCUAUGCACAUCCCAACCACCUGUUUCUAUGGACCAUUCGAAACUCCAGGAUACAGCAUACAUAAUUCCUUCGCUUGGUCACGCAUUCGCAAUGACGAAUGAGACUCGAGUUCUUCAAUUUUCAUCCUACGUUUUUGAUGCCUGUAUUCUCGAAAUUAUGGCAACAACUAUAUAUGGCGGUGUUCUAUGUGUUCCAAACGAAGACCAACGUAUGGACCCUCGCCUACUUGCAGUGAAAACGAUGGUCUCUGGUGGCGAUAAGCUUACUGCUAACGUGGCUGGCCCUUGGCUUCAAGCCGGUGUUCAGAUGAUCAACGGAUACGGACCCACAGAAGCGUGCGUCUUCAUGUCCGUGAACGUGGUGCAAUCUGCUGAGACAGCGUCCUACAUUGGACGUGGUAUUGGGUAUCAAACAUGGGUUGUUGAUCCAAAUGACUAUACUAAACUUGUUCCAUUGGGCUGCGUCGGCGAGCUGCUCGGCCAGGGACCAAGUCUCGCGGAUGGCUACCUGAACGAUGCUGCAAAGACAGAAACCUCUUUCGUACUGGCUCCAGAGUGGGCUCGAUUUGGCGAGAUCGACGCCGGAGAGCUCGAGUACAUCGGUCGGAAGGAUAUGCAGAUCAAAUUGCACGGACAAAGAAUCGAGCUUGGCGAUAUCGAGAAGCAUGUGCGCGCUAAUCUGCCACGGGUACCACACAUCAUUGUCGACAUUGUGAAAAUAGUCGGGGACGAAAGCGAAGAUGCCCUGGCUGUAUUCUUCUGCCCCAAUGAUGAAGUCCGGACCAACGUCACAGAUGAGGACGAGAAGCGACUUAUCGGAAAUCUUGAAAGUACGGACAAGGAAGAGCUGGCAGCAAUUUCGACUGAGUUGGAGCAAGUACUGCCAAUAUACAUGAUUCCGUCGCUCUACAUACCUCUGGCAUUCGUUCCUACAAUGACAAGUACCAAGGCAGACAGGAAAUUGCUCCGACGCCUCGCUUCUAGCAUGUCUGCUUUACAGCUACGCGAAGCAUUCUCCUUGCAAUCAAUUUACACGGAGCAGCAGCCUCCAGAAUCUGAAAUGGAAAUGAAGCUACAGAAGUUGUGGUCAGAACAUCUGGGAGUAUCACCAGAAUUCAUUGGCAGGGGAAGCAACUUUAUUCGCGCAGGUGGUGACUCCAUCUCCGCGAUGAAACUUGCCGGCGCAGCUCAAGAUAUUGGCAUUUUGUUGAGUGUCACAUCCAUUUUCAAACAUCCUACACUUGCGGGUAUGUCUAUGGCAGCAUCCUACUUCGAUGGUGGCAUGGGCCGCGAUCCUGACCCCUUUGGCCUUCUCCCCGCUGAGCUCGCCAACUCAUCCGUGUAUGAACAAGUCGCUCAAGAAUGCGUCGUACGGAGAGAGCAAGUAUCGGAUCUGUAUCCCGUAACGCCCCUUCAAGAGGGACUGAUGAGUUUGUCGCAGCAAGUUGACGGCGCAUACGUUGCCCGCACCGUCUUCCGUUUACCGUCGACUGUGGAUCUUGACAGGCUGAGAGAUUCUUGGGAAUCAACUAACAAGCAGCACAGCAUCUUGAGAACACGGAUUAUAAUGAUCGGAGAACACACAUUGCAGGCUGUCAUCGAUGCUCCUAUUGAAUGGCAAUUCGGCAGCGAUGUAUGUCAAUAUCUCGAGAAUUGCAAGGCCAAGCCGAUGGGAUUCGGCACACCGUUGGCACGAUAUGGCAUUAUUCGGACAAAUGGAUGCCAGGAGAAUUUCUUGGUUCUUACCCUUCACCACGCCAUAUACGAUGGCUGGAGCUCAAGAAUUGUCUUCGAAAGUGUCAUGGCUGCCUAUGAUUCCCCCAACCCGAAGCUAUACGAUUGCAAAUCUGUGCCGUUCAGUCGCUUCAUGCGUUAUAUCACCAGUGAAUACGACUCCCAAGCCUCGAAAGAAUUCUGGCUUCGGCAAUCUGAACAGGUCGAAGCCUUCGUCUUCCCCCAGACACGGCAUGGCGUGUCGGGUGCCCCAAAUUGGUCCCGUUCACUUAGACAAGUUCCCUUUCACUGCACUAAAACCAAAAACACUACAACUCACGAUCUCAUUCGUGCUGCUUGGGGCCUGACACUAUCAACUCAUGCAGAAACCGAUACCGUGGUAUUCGGCUCGACAAUUUCUGGUCGCAACGCUCCUGUCCCUCAAAUUGAGCAGAUCGCUGGUCCCACCUUUGCAACAGUGCCAGUACGCGUCCAAAUACGCCAGAGUAUGCUAGUUGACGACUUGCUUCAUCAAGUACAGCAAACAUCAAUCGAAACCAUUCCCCACCAACAAUUUGGUCUUCUUAAAAUUCGGCAGCUUGGUGCUGCAGCUCGAAAUUUAUGUGACUUUAAGACCCUGCUUGUGGUGGAAGCAUCCGGUGAAGAGUCCAUAUCCGAGGACCAUUCUGGCUUGUUUGAACAAGUGGAUGACUCCGUUGAUGCUCAGCACGACUCACGAGAUGGAGUUCUGAAGUCGUAUCAUAUCACAGUACGAUGUGUUAUGCAUCCAGAUAUGAUCACCAUCGACGCCCACUUCGACGAAUCCAUUGUUCCCGCCAGAAUGAUGGAACUCAUAAUUGAUCACUUCCGAAACGCAAUCGGAUCUCUUGCUGAUACUAAGAAUGGCAGACAGAGAGUCAAUUCCAUCAGUUUGUUCGGUGAGGAGGACUUGCUCGCCAUUCAACAACUGGUGGCUCCGACAGUUGCAUCUCUGAGCGAAAUCGACAUGUGCCUGCAUGAACUGGUUAGAAACCAUGCAGUGGCUCGCGCCGAUGCUGAAGCCAUCCGUGCAUGGGAUCUCAAUUUAAGCUACGCACAGCUUGACGAGAUGGCUGAUCUACUUGCUCGCCAGCUCCUGGCUGAGUCUGAUUAUGAUCUGAGCGGAGCCAUGAUUCCCCUUUGCUUCGAAAAAUCUGGUCUUGCGCUGGUUUCCAUGCUUGCUGUGAUGAAAACUGGUGCAGCAUAUGUCCCUCUUGAUCCAGGCCAUCCAAUCGAGCGUCGAGUACAGAUUGUCCAAGAAACAGGCGCUCGUGUUGUUUUGGCUACUCCUGAGACAGUUGGAGAUAUUUCAGAUGCAAUUCUUGCGGAACAUGGAUGUCCUUCCGUCCGAGUAAUAGUCGUUUCUAAUGCAUUCAUGAAGACGCUGAAGAGACGCAAUGAGAUGGUCACCAACACUGCCCAGCUUCCUUCCGUCUCGACCUCCUUGCCGGCGUACACACUGUUCACGUCUGGUAGUACCGGUAAGCCCAAGGGUGUUGUGAUGUCACACAGGGCAGCAUCUUCAGCUUUAGCUGCCCAAGUUGCCGCUUUUCUAAUGACACCAUCAACAAGAGCUUUGAAUUUUGCCUCAUUUGUUUUUGAUGCUUCCAUUUUGGAGAUAUUCGGUACUUGGAUCGCGGGAGGCUGUGUUACUGUUCCCUCGGACAACAUCCGACUAAACGGCCAUAUUGCCCGCUACAUGUCCGAGUCACGUACCAACUGGGCGCUCUUCACUCCGACUUUUGCAACAACGGUCACCCCUCACGACGUCGAGACUCUAGAGGUGCUUGUCUUGGGCGGAGAGGCUGUUAGGCGAGAAAAUAUCGCGUCAUGGCUUCCCAGCGUAACACUCUUCAAUGCCUAUGGCCCAACAGAAACAUGUGUUGCGACGGUCCAUCGCCGCAUCAAUUCACUUGCAGAUGUUGCAGUGAUUGGGACACCCAUUGGAUGCAACGUUUGGAUUUCAAAACCCGACGAUGUAAACACCCUUUCCCCUUAUGGCUGUACUGGGGAGCUAUUGAUACAGGGACCGGGGCUGGCGGAAGGUUAUCUCCAUGACCAGGCCAAGACUGAUGGUGCAUUUGUAACACCUGCCUGGCUACAAAAUGAUACAAGCAGCUCCCGAGUUUACCGGACUGGCGAUUUGGUUCGCUUCACUGUACGUGGCGAAAUUGAGUACCUCGGCCGUCGAGAUACGCAAAUUAAGCUCCGUGGCUUGCGCCUCGAGCCAGGCGAGAUCGAGCAUAAGAUCAGAAACGUUCUAUCCGAAACAAGUGACAGCGAUGUUCAGGUUGCAGUCUCAUCGAUUAAGGACAUCAAAGUAAAUGAAUCUUCAGAGCUUACAGCAUUUAUCCGGUUUGAACCAAGGCAAUACGGAUCUAUUGAUUGUAACAAUGACGACGACACACUACUUUUGCCAGUCAAUAAACAUCUUCGAGAGACAAUUUGUGGCCUUGUACAAGAAUUGAAACUGGAAUUACCCGAGUAUAUGAUUCCCAGCCUGAUUUUUCCUAUAAAAUCGAUGCCCCUAAACACAGCUGGAAAGACGGAUUCUCGACGACUAGAAAGUCUCGCUCGCUCCUUGCCUUGGGAGCAUCUGGCCCAGUACUCCGUUAGCGGUUCCAACGACGCCAAGGAAUCGAAGCAACCGCCCGUGACGGAUAUGGAAAUUACCCUGCAGGCAUUAUGGUCAUCAGUCUUGAGCAUCCCACGCGAGGCCAUUGGCCUUAAUGAUGGUUUUUUGCAAAUUGGCGGCGACUCCGUUUCAGCCAUUCGAUUAGUUACAAAGGCAAGGGAGAGAGGUAUUAGCUUGGAUGUGUCUACCGUCUUCAAAAAUCUUCAACUUAAGAAGAUGGCCCAGGCAUGUUUGCAGCUUGCUGACCAGGGCAUGGAGAUUGUGCACAAACCUAUUCCGCCGUUCUCCUUGUUGGAAAACAUUGCGUCUGUGGAGACUAUUACUGAACUAUUGCACGAACUCAUUCCCUCCCCAGAAUCAAUACCCGAGAUUUUGGAUGCCUUCCCCUGCACUUCUCUCCAAGAAGGCAUGAUGGCUCUAACGGAAAAAGAACCGGGUACAUAUAUCGCUCGUGUUGCGUUCAAGCUGGGCAAGCAUGUCGAGCUGGACCAAUUCCGUGCUGCUUGGGAGAUUGUGGUUGAGAAUGUGCCAAUUCUGCGAACGCGGAUCGUGUCCCUCCAAGAUGGCCGUGCUAUGCAAGUUAUUCUCAACGAGUCGGUUGCAUGGAGAAUCAUUCACGGAAACAAUAACCAUUCGGUCGAUCACCUGCUGGCAGCAUACUUGGACGAGGAUAAGGCGAAACCCAUGCGUUAUGGAACAGAACUUUCCCGGUAUGCUGUUUUGUCCAGCGAUAAAAACGAUGACAGAUAUUUUGUUUGGACUGUUCAUCAUGCUGUGUACGAUGGAUGGUCAUGGGACCUAAUCAGGGAUAAGUUUCUGCGAGUCUUCUCCAGUGGUGGCGAUCCGUCAGUACUUCCACAACAUGUCCCAUAUGCAGCAUUUGUUAGGUACACCGAAAUGACCCGCGCAGAAGGCCGAGACUACUGGACCAGAGCAAUGAAGGGAGUUAGAGAAACUAAUUUCCCUCGGCAAAGUUUAAAUCGGUUCAGUAACCGUCAGAUCCGCACGGAUGCGUCCCUGAAGGCGUCGUUUACCGUGCCGUCAUUAGCAUCAGCAAACAGAUCUGGCAAUGUCACUACUGCAUCUCUCAUGCGAGCCGCAUGGGCUCUAGUAGUUUCGGCUCAUUCUGGAGGAGAUGAAGAUGUCGUUUUUGGUGCGACGGUCUCUGGUAGAAAUGCUCCUGUACCAGGAAUCGAGGGCAUGGUUGGACCAGCCGUCACAACUGUGCCGCUUCGGAUCCGUGUGGAUCCGACACUCCCAGUCGGGGCCUAUCUUGAAGAUAUUCAAGUUCAAAGUAACGAGCUCAUCAAGUACGAGCAGUUUGGCCUACAGAAUAUUGCCAAGCUAAACGACGAGGCCAGGAAGGCCUGCGAUUUCCGUACCCUGCUUGUGGUGCAUCCGCCCAAACUGGCCACUGGGUAUCACGAUGGCACAAGAGAUCCUGUACUGACCCAAAUCCGACAAGAGGGUGAUGAAGAUGCUUCUGAGCGAAACUUCUUCACGUACCCACUCGUUUUCCAGUGUCACUUGCCCGAGAGCGGCGGCGAGGUGCAUGUCACCAUCGUCUACACAUCUUCGGUUGUAUCCACAGCUGAGGUCGAGCGGAUUCUUGGGCACUUCAAACAAGCUGUUUCACAACUCGGGACCUUUGGGUCCACGACGACUCACCUGGACGACAGGCAGAAGCUGCUCUCGCAUAUUGACAUAGUCGGGCACGAAGAUGUGCAGAAGUUUAACGAAUGGAACAGUGAAGACCCCCCCAUUGUUCAGUCGACCACCGUUCAUCAGAUGAUUGAGUCUCAGGCUCUUGCUAGCCCUACUUCCCAAGCAAUUCAUGCGUGGGAUGGAUUGAUGACAUAUAAAGAGCUCAACAGUGCAGCAAAUAGGCUCGCCCACUUUUUGCAUCAAGAGCUUGGAGUUGGGCCGGAAACACUUGUGCAUGUCUGCUUCGAGAAGUCGCUCUGGUAUUUCGUCUCUAUUCUGGCUAUCAACAAAGCUGGUGGCGCUUGGGUACCACUGGACCCGUCACAUCCAACAACUCGUCACCAGCAAGUGAUAAAUCAAACAAAAGCAACGGUUUCUCUGGUUACUCCCGCCAAUAGGUCCUUGCUAGAAGGUCUGGUGAAGACGGUAAUCGAAGUGACGCCAGAACUAGACGCGAAGCUCUUGGCACAACUAUCUCCGGCGGCCAGCGACUCUGGACCAGCCGUUUUAGUCAAUCCCGAGAAUACCGUCUACGUUCUCUUUACUUCUGGCAGCACAGGUGUGCCCAAAGGCUUCGUCAUGGAGCACGGUGCCGUCGCUACUAGCCAGGUGGCAAUUGCCAAGCGUCUGCGUAUGACAUCCCGCGUUCGGAUAUUGCAGUUUGCUGCUUUUGUUUUCGACUUGUGUAUUGGUGAAAUUAUCGCCCCUCUCAUUACCGGCGCCUGUGUUUGCGUCCCAUCAGAACAUGAUCGCAUGAACCGGAUCUCCCAGUACAUCGCCGAUACGCAAGUCAACUGGGCUUUCUUGACCCCCGCAUUUGUGAGAACAAUCUCUCCUAAUGAGGUUCCUGGUCUGGAGCUUGUACUGCUGGCUGGCGAGGCCGUGGGUCGAGACAUUCUCGAAACCUGGUUUGGAAGGGUCCGCCUAGUCAACGGCUGGGGCCCUGCUGAGACUUGUCUUUUCAGCACUCUUCAAGAAUGGACUUCACUAUCGGAGUCAUCUGUUACGGUCGGCAAGCCUGUAGGUGGCUUCUGCUGGAUUGUUGACCAAGAAGAUCCCCAGCGCCGUGUCCCUGCAGGAUGUGUCGGUGAAAUCGUGAUCCAAGGACCAACCAUUACUCGGGAGUAUCUUGGAAAUGCUUUGCAAACAAAUUCCUAUAUAAUGAAGCAGCAGCAACUUCCAAUUUGGGCUCCUAAUAGGACUCAUCCUAGCUGGAAUCGUUUUUACAAGUCUGGCGACCUUGGGUUCUAUAAUACCGACGGCACGAUUGAGUUUGUCAGCCGCAAAGAUACACAGGUCAAGAUUCGUGGGUUGCGCGUAGAGCUCGGCGAAGUUGAGCAUCACAUCAGACUAUGUCUCGAUAAAGCUCUCCAGGUUGUCGUGGUGCUUGCAAGUGGUGGUACUGGUGCAAGCGGUGCCAAACUCGUCACCUUUUUCUGCACCAGCCACGACUCAAAGACAGCCGGCGUGGAUCUUGACUCCGACUUGAAUAAUGUUGCUCGAGAUAUGAUUCUUCCCGUCGACGAUUCUCUCAAGUCCCAAAUCUCGGUCGCCAUUGGUCAGCUUGGAAUCUCGUUGCCCCGAUACAUGGUGCCGACUCUUUUCGUCCCAUGCGCGUUUAUGCCCUUUAUUACCUCUACAAAAAUCGACCGUGGCAAGCUUCGAGACAUUGCCGUACAAUUUACGGCUGAAAAGAUGAUGGAAUAUUCCUUCGUUGAUAGCUUUAAACGGCAUCCUGAGACUCCCAUGCAGGUGUUGCUGCAAAGGCUUUGGGCCGAGAUUCUCGAAAUCCCUCUUUCCAGCAUUGGUCUCGACGAUAGUUUUAUAGCUCUGGGUGGCGACUCUAUUGCCGCCAUCAGACUUACGACCGUUGCGAGAGAUAAUGGCGCAUCAGUGACUGUUGGAAACGUUUUUGAUGACCCAAGGCUGUUCAAGGUUGCCGAGGCGGCUACUCCGCUGGAUACUCGACAACUCUCCACCAGGGUGGCUCCUUGGUCUCUGCUGCCUGCCACACUUAGCUCCAAUGACCUCAUUCACAUUGCUAGAGACCAGUGUCGACUCCCACCCGGUGCAAGCAUCGAAGAUGCAUUCCCGACUAGCUCACUUCAGGAGGGCUUGCUUGCUCUUUCGGUCAAACAACCUGGAUCAUACAUAGCGCGAUUCCUGUAUCGACUAGACGACACCGUUGAGGCGGAGAGAUUCAAAUCCUCUUGGCAGGAAGUGGUAGUACUACGCGACAGCUUUGAGUGGGAACUCACCGAUGGCAUGACGCUGGAAGCAUACAUGAAUUCCUCCCAGUCAACUGAGAUGUCAUACGGACUACCCUUGACCCGAUGUGCCCUUAUUGCGCAAGGAUCUUCUAAUUACUUUGUCUGGGACAUACACCACGCGAUUUAUGAUGGAUGGAGUAUGAACAUCAUGAUGGAUGCCUUCCGCCAUGCCUACCAUCGACAAACCCCUACCGAUGUGCCUGCACUGGUUCCAUACUCGGGCUUCAUACGAUACAGCAUGAACUUGGGCGAGGAAGCGCCAGCUAAUUACUGGAGAACACAGCUUGCAGGUGCCACCAAAGCAUCAUUCCCGGGCAAAGCUCAUCCCAUGACCAAAUCAACAACUCGAACAGUUACCCGAACCAUCUCCUUGACGACAGAGAAAGAAGCUACUGUUGUCAAGGCAACAAUUUUGCGAGCAGCAUGGGCACUUGUAAUGGCUUCCUACUCCAACCAUUCUCCCGAUAUUUGUUUCGGCGCAACAGUCUCUGGGCGCCAGGCCCCCGUGGCUGGAAUCGAGAACAUGACCGGGCCACUAAUUGCCACUGUGCCAAUCCGCAUCCGCCUGGACCGUAGCCAGCGAAUUUGCGACUUUCUCAAAGCAGUGCAACGUCAGGCUACAGAAAUGGUCGACUAUGAGCAGUAUGGCUUGCAGAAGAUUGCGCGCCUUGGUCCCGGUCCAAAGGCCGCCACCCAAUUUUCGACGUUGCUUGUCAUCCAACCGAAGCACAUUGUAGAUGCUAAUCGUGACGAAGGCACUGGCAAUGAAAUUAUGAGACCUCUGAACAGAAAUGAGUUUGGGGCCUCAGCUACCUCGGCCUUGGGCAGUUAUUUCACGUAUCCUCUCGUCGUACAGGGCCAUUUGUCGGACAAAGAGGUCCAGCUGCACCUGAUCUACAACACGCCCUACUUCCAAGGCAUGCAACUUGAAAUCCUCGCAGAACAUUUUGAGAAUGUCGUUCAUCAGCUACUCCAAUGCUCUGAUGGAGAUGGCGUUGUGGGCGAUAUUUCGCUGGCAGGGGCCGCGGAUUUUGAUCAAGCCAUCAUCUGGAACGAACGAAACAAAUCGACUCAAGUCAAUGGCUAUCCGAAGCCAAUUAAGACUAUCUUGAAAGACAUGGUUUUGAAACAAGCCAUAAUUCGGCCAAAUGCUGCGGCUGUCAACUCAUGGGAUGGGACAUUGACGUACAAGCAGCUCAUUGCUUCGGCCAAUGCCCUCGCCUCCUACCUUUCUCGCAACAACCUCGUAGCAAGAGGUGACCUCGUCCUGAUCUCAUUUGUGACAUUUGACUGGUCCACGCCCUUACGACAUGCCAAGCAAGUCUUGCAUGAUACGGGUGCCCGCACGGUUCUCUUCUUGCCGUCCAAUAUUCCCACAGAGGUCGCUAAUCUUGUAGAGAAUCCUGUGCAAGUAUCGGCCAAAACACUUUAUAUGGGCAGUGUGGUUCAUGAGCCAGUCGACCCAGAUAGUGCAAAUGAUCGACUAGCAAACGUUGCAAGCAACGGCUCCGAACUCUACGUUUUCUUUGCAGGGUGGUCUACGCCAGAAUCUGGCUUCAUUACAAUGGGCCAUGUCGCAUUAAAUAUGGACGCAGGAACUCUUGGUCAACCAAUUGGCAACACCAAGUACUGGAUUGUCGAUCCCAUGAAGCAUCAGCCUCGGCUUGCCCCAAUAGGUUGUGCAGGAGAGCUCAUUAUCCAAAGCCCUUCUCUUGCUGAUGGGUACUUGAACAAUACCGCUGGGCAGACAGACCAAUUGCAUCAAUCAACUACCUCGACAACAGAACGUGGAGGUAUGCCAGCGACCAAAAACCAGCGCUACUUCCGUACGGGACAAUGUGUCAAAUACAACACUACAGACGGUAGCAUUGCAGUCAUUGGUCAACUCAGUUCUGGCAAUGCCGAACAAACAAUUCAUAACAUUGCUCCGAAAGGCAUUGACCGCGUCAUUGUAGCCAGGGCAAAACAAGGGCAUUUAACAGCGUUCCUUUUCGUGGAGAGCCAUAUUGCCAUGCCUGAGAAUGGAAGAAUUUUCAUUCCUAUGGCCAAUAUCCCAGAGUCUCUCCAGCAGAUGCUUCGAGAUAUUGUUCCUGAUCUGAGAACAAUGCUACCUUCGCAUCUAGUUCCGCAACAGUAUAUUCUGGUAGGGGACAAUACCGUGCCCAUGAACCCACUAACAGGACAGCCCAGCCGCUCUCGUCUGCUGCAGGCUCUGGGGGCAUUAGCAGCUGAUGAUGCGCAUGCUGCAUCUAUUUCAGAAAAUAAACUGUCCGACCUUGCUGCUGACGUCAUUUUGAGCACCAUGGAACGUCAACUGAGGUCUAUCUGGGCUCAAGUAUUAAGAGUCGCUGAUCCAGAGCAGAUCGGGCGACAUGAUAACUUUUUCAAGAUCGGAGGUGACUCAAUAUUUGCUAUUGAGCUUGUUACCAAAUCUGCUGUAAGUGGUAUCAGUAUCACUGUUGCAAAGAUCUUUGCCAGUCCGCAGUUGGCAGACAUGGCUCUGGCGGCAGACUGGAUCAAUGAAAGCUCUACAGAAGCUCGCGCCAUCGAAACUCCCGCUUUCAGUUUGCUCUCCAUGACGGAGAAUGGCGAAGAUAUACCAAGCAAGAUCAUUACUGAAGCAGCGGUUCAAUGCGAGAUUGAUGGCAGCAUAGUCCAGGAUGCGUUCCCUUGCUCGUCCCUUCAAGAAGGCAUGCUAGCCCUUGCAGAGAAGCAAAGGGGCUCGUAUAUGGGCCGCUUUGUCGUCACACUUCCUCCCAACAUCGAUGUUGAACGUUUCAGAUCUGCAAUGGCCACAAUGGUGGCGUCAUGCGCCAAUUUACGAACUCGAAUCAUCUCAUCGGCCUCACAGGGUCGCCAGAUUCAAGUGGUUCUCAACGAAGACAUCAUCUGGCAGCAGCAGCCGCAGGGAAAGUCGCUUUCCGACUUUCUCUCCACACCAGUAUCACAUGCCGGAUAUGGUAGCCCUUUGUCUACAUAUACAAUGAUUCGCGAUGAAGCAUCUGGAACAGAAAGCCUGAUCUGGGAGAUCCAUCACUCCAUCUACGACGGCUGGACACUUAGCCAUAUGAUGCAAGUUCUCCAGGAUGCCUAUCAUUCUCGCAGUCCAGUAUCGCCUCGGAGGUUGUAUUCGUUCUCCAAGUAUAUCGAGCACACAUUAUCCACCAGUGAAGAACAGGCACGCCUGUUUUGGGUCUCGCAGCUCCAAGGAGCAAACACCGCAAGGUUCCCGGCUACUGUUCGCGCCUCACCUGUUGAUGUCAGGUCAGACGGCACAAUAACCCACUCCAUCCUAAUGCCAGAUACCCAUCGUUCAUCUGGCAUCACGGAGGCCAACCUAUUACGCGCCGCAUGGGCAUUGGUUCUCGACAGACGUCUGAAUGUCGACGAAAACUCCAGCAACAAUGUUAUCUUCGGCGCCACCGUUUCGGGUCGAGAUUCGCCCAUCCCGGGAAUAUUGGGGAUAAUGGGACCCACAAUCGCGACAGUUCCUGUUUGUGUACGAUUUGAAAAACGCAACGUGACCACUGUCGCGGAAUACCUCGCCAAUAUCCAGAAUCAGACGAAUGACAUGGUGCCAUAUCAGCACAUUGGCUUGCGGAAUAUUUCGCAACUAACCAAAAACAUUGAUGCAAGCAAUUUCCAUAAUCUACUUAUCAUACAGCCCAGAAUGGCAUCGACAUCGGAUGGCAACUCCAGUGCCAUAGAUCUUAACAUCGCUGACAAGACAAUGGACGAUAACCAGAGCUACUAUACCUAUCCGCUCGUCUUCCAGUGUGUUGUUGGCGGUGGAAACAAUACUGUAGAUAUCACUGCAACCUAUGAUAGUCGCUCAAUUUCUGCUGCGGAGAUGGAAGUUCUCUGUCGACAGUUUGGGGCAGCUGUGAAGCAGCUUGGAGAUCGGUCGUUGGUAGAUCAUCUUCUCAGCGACGUGACUCUUUUCGGCCCUGAAGAUUUCCAAAUUGUAAAUAUUUGGAAUCAUGUUCCUCAUCGGCAGUUCUCGGUGGAUGAAGGCGCAAUGGACCAUUGCCUUCAUCACGGAGUCUCCCGUUGGGCAUCAAAGCACCCGCACCGAGAUGCUAUUGUCACCACCUCGAAUGGCAAUUUUAGUUACGCAGAUCUUGACCGAAAGUCAACUCAGCUCGCUCAUUUCUUACUCAACAGGUUCAAUGUUGGUUCGGAAACAAGAAUUCCAGUCUGCAUGGAAAAGUCUCCUCUAGCCAUUAUCACCAUGCUGGGCAUCAUGAAGGCAGGUGCAACAUUUGUCCCUCUCGAGCCGGCUCACCCUGUCGAGAGGCGCCGAGCCAUUGUGCAACAGGUUGGAGGCAAAUUAUUGCUUACCUCGGAGAUGAUGAUGGAGUCCUGCCAGAACAUGACCGAUGUUGCGAUUCAGCUUGACAUAUCUUCAGACAUUUUCUCCGACAUCAAGGAAUCUGACGCCAUCAAGCUGCCGCAGGUGUCCCCCGAAUCAACAGCCUACGUUCUCUUUACCUCUGGUUCUACCGGUACGCCAAAGGGAAUCGUUGUCGGCCACAAGGCCGCAUGUGUCAGCGUUCAAGGUUCUGCAUCAGCUGAAGGUUACGAUUUGAACACAGAGAGUCGCAUUUUACAAUUCUCAAGCUUUGUUUUUGACGUCAGCAUUGCUGAAAUAUUCGGUGCUCUCAUGUUUGGUGGCACGCUCUUCUUGCCAUCUGAUUCUGAACGCCUGGCUGGUAUCUCGGGGUUCAUCCAAGAAAAUAACAUCAACACAGCUAUGCUGACGACUUCCUUUGCCAAGACCCUCAACCCGGACAUCAUUCCAUCGCUGCGUACACUAGUUCUAGUGGGUGAGCCACCAACCCGAGAGAGUCUCCUGAAGUGGCAAAACCGUGUUGAUAGACUUGUCAACGCCUACGGUCCAUCCGAAACUGUCAUGUUCUGUGCAACUCACGUUUUUACAUCUGAAGACACAAUGCCAUCAACAAUCGGAAGAGGAGUCCCUCAUGUGGGAAUCACGUGUUACAUUGCGGAGAUGAACAACCCAGAUCGUCUGGCUCCAUUUGGCUGCGUGGGUGAGAUCAUAGUUCGCUCAACUUCUCUCGCUCAGGGUUAUCUCGAUGAUGAAGAGCGUACACGAGCCUCAUUCUUGUCAUCUGUUGGAUGGAUGCCAUUAUCUAGUUCCGAUGUAGGGGUGAAUGCCUACUCCUACUACAGGACGGGAGAUAUUGGGAGAUACAACCUUGAGACAGGUUUGAUCGAAUACCUGGGCCGCCGGGACACCCAAGUAAAGCUUAGAGGCCAACGACUGGAUACUGCAGAGACUGAGCAUCACAUCAAGCAAGUUUUCCAUGGCAUAGAUCAUGUUGCCGUCGACGUGAUCAAGCGUGACAGCAGAGAGAUGCUUGCCGCUUUCAUCAAUUUCAGCGAUACGAGCAUCCAUGGUGAUAUCAAAAACGCAUCAACCGAUCCGGCUCUGGUUCCUAUCAACGAUACGUUGCGCGAUACCCUUGCAUCUAUGGUCAGUAACCUCACGGUCCGAUUACCUGGUUACAUGAUUCCAACGGUUUUCUUUCCCAUCACUCGCAUGCCAUUCAAUAAUUCUCUCAAGCUCGAUCGUCGCAAGCUUCUUCAAAUCGUAGAACUCGUUACAGCAGAUGAGAUCGUCUCCUUUUCCGUUGGUUCUGGUUUCGGGUCCAAUGGGGUCAAGUCUGCACCCACAACCAAAACCGAAAUCUUGCUGAGCAAGACUUGGGCCGCAGUACUUGGCAUCAACAAUGGCAAUAUUGGAAAGGAGGACACCUUUACCCAACUUGGCGGCGACUCGAUCACAGCUAUUCAGCUCGUUUCCGCAGCGCAGCAGGGCGGGAUCAACAUUUCCGCCUCGGACGUGUUCCAACACCCUCGACUCCUCGACAUGGCCGCAUGCAUAGAUGCGAAGAGUGAAUCUGAAGUUACUUCAAACAGCAAAGACGACCUUGUGGAGCCCUUUAGUCUUUUGCCCUCCGAUAUUUCCCGUGAAAUGGUAGUUCGGGAUGCUGCAGAACUCUGUGACAUUCCAACAUCAUCCAUCUCCGACGUCCUGCCAUGCACACCAUUGCAAGAAGGACUCAUGGCUCUUUCUGAGACUCAGCCUGGCUCUUACUUGGCCAGAUUCGCACUUAAGCUUCCGGAAGGAGUGAAUCUGACCCGAUUUCGAGCAUCCAUAGAGCGCAUGUACGAGGUUUGCCCCAACCUUCGCACACGAAUCAUCCUUUUCCAGGACACCGAGCCAAUUCAAGUAAUCAUCGAUGAAAAGAUAGCAUGGCGAGAGUUCCAAGGCAUAGGCAACUCGCUGUCUGACGUACUCGAACAAACACAAGCCACAAUGGAUUGGUCACCAGGUUUUGGAAAACCGCUUUGCAUGUUUUCUAUAGUGCAAGAUGACUCCAGGCAUUCACAUUUCGUGUGGGAUAUCCAUCAUUCAAUCUACGAUGGAUGGUCAAUUGGCCUGAUGCUUGACAUCGCACGGAGGGCCUACUUCGACAGUAGCAUUGUGCAGCCAGUCCCAUUCGCCAAUUAUGUCAAAUACAUCAAGCAGUCAUCCGACGAGGAGUCUUCCAGGUCUUACUGGCACUCUCGCUUCGCGGGAGUCAAGGUCAGCCAUUUCCCAAAGUCGCCCGAGCACUUCAACACUUCCAAUGAAAGCCUGCCUGAUGGCAUUACUUUGCCCACCAUUCUUCGCUCAGCGUGGGCUCUUGUGUUGUCAAAAUACCUGGAGACAAAUGAUGUUGUCUUCGGAAACACAGUUACUGGUCGAAAUGCCAGUGUUCCGGGCAUCGUCAACUUGGUCGGCCCUACCAUUGGAACAUUGCCAAUCCGAGUUCAAAUCCACAAAGAUGAUGAACAUGAAUCAACGGUUCGGCAAUUUCUCAUAAGGAUGCAAGAGGAAGCUAGGGAAAUGAUUCCGCACGAGCACGUUGGUCUCCAGAGCAUUGCGCAAAUGGGCAAGGAAACGCGCGAUGCUUGCGACUUUCAAAAUCUUCUUGUCAUUCAGCCAAGAGCUCGGAUCCAGGGCUUCAAUGAUUCCUCCGCAGCGCUGACUGAGGAUCGGGCGGACGUUGAUUUUACCAAAAUCGAAGAUUUGACAUCAUCGUCAACCGGAAACGCUCAGCGAUACCAUGUAUACCCCCUUGUUUUCCAAUGCAUUAUCGAGUCGCCUGAAUCCAUCCGGCUGCUUGCUAGCCACGACGCGCACAUCUUAUCCAGUGCCCAGAUGGAUGCUAUGUGCCACCACUUCUCUCAGGCUGUUACUCAACUCGUCACAGCUACGUCCUCUUCCGCUGCUGUGGCACUCUCUUCCAUUAGGCUUACCUCAAGAUUCGACAUUCAAGCCGCAGUCUCAUGGGCAAGUGAACCAGCGCGCCAAACAGAGACCUGGGAUGCUUGCGUUCAUGAUAUCAUCUCCAAACGAGCCACACGGUUUCCCUCAAGAGAGGCUAUCUUCUCCUUCGAUGGCUGUAUGACCUAUUCUGAGUUGGAGAAUGCCUCUUCUCGCUUUGCAGAACAUCUGUCAAAACUAGGUGUUGGACCAGAAACGCUUGUCCCCAUCUGCUUCGAGAAGAGUUUGUGGACCAUCGUGGCCAUGCUCGGUAUCAUGAAAGCCGGAGGAGCGUUUGUUCCUCUUGAUCCUGUAUCCCCCAUCAAUCGCACCAAAGCGUUGAUCAAAGACAUGGGUAAUGUCGAGAUUAUUGUUGCUUCGGCAUCGACUACGGCCAGUUGUGUCGGCCUUUGCACCAACAUCGUCACGUUGUCAAAUGAACUGCUCACGCAUCUUCCACCUUUAAGCAAGAUGCCCGUCAUUUCCAAGGCCAGUCCUACCAACGUUGCAUAUGUUAUUUUCACGUCUGGCUCCACCGGUACACCCAAGGGUGUCAUAGUGGAACAUCGCUCGUUGUGCUCCAGUAUUCAGGGUCACGGAACAGACAUUGGCUUAGACAAAGAUUCACGCGUCCUUCAGUUCUCCAACUACGUCUUCGAUGUCAGCUUGGGGGAGAUUCUCAGCACCCUCGUCUUUGGGGGAACCGUAUGUGUACCCUCGGACACAGAGCGACUCUCGGGAAGUGGCCUUGUAGGAUUCAUAGCCCAGAGCAGUGCAAAUGUUGCUUUCCUCACUCCUUCAGUUGUCGCAACACUAAGCCCGGAAGAGGUUCCUUCAUUAAAAACACUCGUCCUUGGAGGUGAGGCUCCAACUCGCGAAAAUCUACAAACGUGGUACGGCAAGGUAAAUGUGCUCAACGGAUACGGUCCCGCGGAAGCUUGUAUUUACUGCAGCGUGUCCCAAUUCACAAGUCCAACCGACCGUCCCACCAUUGUCGGUCGCGGUUCUAACUUCAAACUUUGGGUCGUCGACGUCAACGAUUCUUCUCGUCUCUCCCCCGUUGGAUGCGUUGGCGAAAUUCUCCUCGAAGGCCCCGGCUUAGCCAGGGGCUAUCUCAACAACCCGGCAGCGAGUUCAGCAGCAUUCAUCCACCUGGAGUCUUCUGACUGGUUGGAUUGCGAAAACGACAUUACCAAUCGUCGAUUUUACAAGACUGGAGAUCUUGCACGAUGCCAUGUGGACGGCUGCAUCGAGUACAUGGGCCGCAAAGACAAUCAGAUUAAGCUUCACGGACAACGGAUUGAGCUUGGCGAGAUUGAGUACCAAGCCAAAUCGGCACUCGCACUGCAGGGUUCAUCGGAGCCUGUGGUGAUUGAUCUCGUACGAACGGGUGGCAGGGAGGCUCUGGUUGCCAUCGUCAGCCUUGGAAGCAUCAAGACUGCAGAUGAAGAUGCACCUGUCAUGAUGAUGAUGAUGACAGAAACGCUUCGAAAUAAGUUUGGGAAACUGGCUUCCGAGCUGAGCGCAACGCUCCCAUUAUACAUGGUCCCCCAAUACUACAUUCUGGUGUCGCAGAUGCCCACAACCUCUUCUGGAAAGAUUCACAGAAAGGGUCUCCGCGAACACAUUGAAUCUCUUACGGCCUUGGAUCUUAAGGCAUACUUCAUUGAGCCCUCAGCCCUCGGUGCUCUAAAUCGGGGCGCGGCUGACACGAACGAUUUCCGCCCACCCACCACGCCAAUCGAAGCUAGUCUUCGAGAUAUUUGGUCCCGAAUUCUCAAUCUGCCUAUCGACUCGAUUGGUAUUGAUGACAAUUUUUAUCAUCUCGGUGGUGACUCAAUACGGGUGAUAACCAUGGCAAAGCGCAUCAAGCAGGAAUACGACGUGGCUCUCGGUUUAGGCCAUCUUGCUGGCAAGGAAACAACGAUUGCAAAACUCGCGGCUGUUAUCAAAACAAGUCAGAAUCAGAGUCAACAGCCUACUUUGGCGCAGCCCAAAUCCAAUGGCACAUUCAUUGAUAUGUUGGGUGAGACUGCACGAAUGACUAACAAAGCGCUUAGUCCACAAGGACCACAGCUCCUGACGAUUCCUCGUUCGGUGGCCACUCUCUCUGCUCGUCAGUCAGUUUUCCUUACCGGAGCCACAGGGUUCUUGGGAACGGAAAUUUUGCGCCAACUGUUGUCGUCUCGGGAAGUUUCUCGUGUUAUUGUGCUUGUGAGGGCCAAAUCUGCGACCCAUGGGUUACAGCGUGUUACACGGACAGCAGAAACAAUCGGUUGGUGGCCCCAUAUCGAUGACGCGAACAAGAGAAAGCUCGUAGUAUGGGAGGGUGACUUGGCUUUGCCGUUCCUCGGACUUGGCUCUGAAAAAUGGCAAGAGCUCUCUAGCAACGUCAGUGCCAUCAUCCACAACGGUGCCGUUGUAAAUUGGCAGGCCGAUUUUGAGUCCCUGAAAGCGGCCAACGUAUUGUCAACAGUCGACCUGUUAUCCACAGUCUCAUCUUCACGUGGAGUUUCGAAGCUUGUGUACGUAUCAGGCGGCAUCAAACUCGUCAAUACACAAGCAAACCAGCAUCAGGUGGCUUCAGAGCUCUCCAGGGGCGGCACAGGGUACAUGCAAACAAAAUUCCUGUCUGAAAGCGUUGUGCAUAACGUUGCGGCGCAUCUAGAAAAGUCGGCCAGCACAGAAUCUGUGCAAAACCGCGUUUCGGUGGUGAAGCCAGGUGUCAUCCUCGGGGCAGGCAUUCGUGGUGCUGCCAACACAGACGACUACAUUUGGCGUGUCGUUGCCACCGCUGCAACUUUGGGAUACUAUCCUUCGGAGCCCGAGGAUCACUGGAUGUAUCUAGAUGAUGCCGAUGCGGUUGCUCGAUCCAUCAUGAUCCAAGCCGGUCUCAACAGCAAGCAAAAUUCCCCCGCUACCUUCAAAUCGUUUGUGGAUCUUCAAGAGGGCUUGACAGUUCCAGAGUUUUGGAGACUCAUCGUCGAAGAACUGAACGGUGUUCAAGGCAAAUCUGAGAUGAAGGCUCUUUCUUGGGCUGAUUGGACUGAGCUGGCAUUAUCGCACAUGGACCAAGUUGGAGAGUCACACCCACUUUGGCCAGUGCAGCACUUCCUUGGCCGCCUGGGAACUGGCAAUUCGCAACCUCAGAAAACCACUUUCGACGACGCAACGCGUAUUUCCGAGGCGGUGAGGAGGAAUGUUAGGUAUCUUGUCGAGGUCGGAUUCGUACAGUCUGGAGCGACUUGCGAGCUGACAGCAGAAGUCUUCCGUCGGUCUGAUAUGAGGAGGCAGGUGUGA